GACGACAUCAACCCCAGCCAAACAUCAACAAACCCUACAAUCGAAUCCCCUCGUACGGCCGUCACCCGCAAUUUGACUCAAAUAUCAUACUUCUACCAGUCUCUGCUCACUCGGAAUCACCAUGACUUCAAUAGGCACAGGUUAUGACCUGUCCAACUCCGUCUUCUCCCCCGACGGUCGCAACUUCCAAGUCGAAUACGCAGUAAAGGCGGUAGAGAAUGGAGGUACAGCUGUCGGAAUACGAUGCAAGGACGGUGUGAUAUUGGCCCUGGAGAAACUUGUUACAAGCAAACUACUCAAGGCUGGUGCGAACAAGCGGAUAUCAACUGUGGAUCGGAAUAUGGGCAUUGUUUCUUCAGGUCUUCUUCCAGACGGCCGACACUUUGUUUCCAGGGCCCGCGACGAAGCCGCUCAGUGGCGCCAACUCUACAAGGCCCCCAUCCCCGCCUCAUCGCUUGCCGACCGCAUGGGAAGUUACGUACAGGCAUACACUCUCUACUCCAGCGUCCGCCCCUUCGGUGUCACAUCAAUCAUUGCAGGCUGGGACUCUGAGGCCGAACUACCUGUCGAUGGACAGGUUGGUUCGGGACCCGCAGUCGGCUCAGGCGGCAAGAAGGAAGGACAAAAGCAUGGUGGCCCUUCGCUGUACAUGAUCGAGCCUAGUGGUCUCUAUUGGGGUUACUAUGGUGCUGCUACAGGCAAAGGUCGUCAAAUCGCAAAGUCUGAGUUGGAGAAGCUGAACCUCUCGGAAGGCAACCUAUCACUGGAGGAGGGAGUCAAGGAGGCUGCACGUAUUAUUUACAUUGCCCACGACGACAACAAAGACAAGGAGUUCGAACUCGAAAUGACCUGGAUUAGCAAUCUGGAGGGUCCGACCAAGGGCAGGCACGAGGAAGUUCCCAAAGAGCUACUCGAGGAAGCUGAGCGGCUAGCAAAGAAGGCACUAGAGGGCGACGAUGACGAUGACGAAGAGGAUGACGAGAAGAUGGAGGAGUAGACUUCGAUACGAGCCAAUGCGCGCAUUGAUCAACGUGACGAUAGAGUGUCAUUCUACUACAUAAUGACUGACCCUUGAGGAAUCCAUGCAUGAAGGAAUCACGAAUAUUAAACUUGCAACCACGCUGCAGGCGUGGUUGCUUGUUACUUCAAAUGUAGAAAUGACCUUGACUGAUAUC